GGCUACGUUGAUGUUCAGACGGCUUUCAAGACCAGUGAAAAAGGCAGCUACAUUUUCAAGGACAGUGGAUUGCUACAAGAAGGAAGAUCCUGGUAAAGACCACAAGGGAUGCUCAUCACAUGCAGCCACCUUCUGCUGAACCAAGAACAUGGUAAUUAACCUCUGCCUUCCACAGUUCAGACCCAGAAUUCACUGUAAUAAGAUAUGUGCUGAUGGUUAUGAAGUAGAAAAUCUGAUUUCAUCUGACCCUGUAAAGCGUCAUCGUGGAUUUCAUGCUGAGUAUUUUAUCAAGCCUCCGAUAAAUAUUACAUUAUCAUUUCCAUUUAACAUAGAAAUCUGCCAAGUUAAUAUACGUCUUUCAACUGGCGGGCAUCAAACCUGUACAGGGCUGGACAUACGUACUUGUACAUCAUCUACCAGAGCCACAUGGAAUGUCCUGCAAGAUAGCCAAGAUUUUCAGGGACAAGCCUUUUCUGAUAAGGAUGUAUUUAUCUUGGUUGGUAAGACUUCUGUGAAAGAGCAUACUGAAGUGACAUUCAAAAAUAAGGUGUUUGUCUCAAGAUUUCCAUUUGAUAAAGUAAGUGUUGAUUUAAGUACCGGCUCAUUACUUCAGGAACUGUGGAGUAAAGGUCCUAAUGCUCUGACAAAUGUUUCACAUUUGAAAUUAUGUAUUACUCAUGCGACAGGAGGUUACCUUCCUUAUAUUAAAAAUGUUGAAGUUUGGGGGCAACCAGCAAAAUCCUGUCCACGCCAAGCUCUGGAUAGUGUCUUAAAAGCUCAUCUUGGAAGCGUGCCUCAGAAACCCAGUUUACAGCUUAAUGUUUUCAGUCUGUCAGCAGAAGGAGAUCUUGUUUCAUCUGUUCACUCAGCUGAGCCUCUGCCCACUUCAGCCAAAAUGAUGGAAACUUUUGACACUGUCCCAGAAGAAUUUUUAGAUCCAAUAACAUUAGAGAUAAUGACUCUUCCCAUGUUACUACCAUCUGGUAAAGUGAUUGAUCAAAGUACUCUAGAAAAAUAUAACAAGAGUGAAGCCACAUGGGGAAGAGUACCAAAUGACCCCUUCACUGGAGUAGCUUAUAACCAACAUUCCAAGCCUGUUCCACAUCCCCCAUUAAAAGCAAGAAUAGAUCACUUCCUGUUGCAGAACAGGAGCAGAAUGCCAGGCAUCACCAUUCUUGGGGGUAGUCAUACUUCAGGAACUGCUACACCUUCUACAUUGAUGGCAUAUGCAGUAAAGAGAAGAUCAGACUGUUUAGAUGAUGGUGCUUCCUUUGACUUUUCUCGGAUUUCUGAUCCUUCCAGAGCUGGUUUAGAAAGUGCUGCUAAAAGACUGAAAACAGAAACAACUGUUAGUUUGCCACAUAGUGAUUACUGCACAGGAUCAGUUUCUCAUGAGCAGAGGUUGACUGACAGUUUGGAUUGUGCCUUGACUUCAGUACUGGAUUCCUUACCAUCAUUUACUGCAUCAGUGAGCAAAGGCCUGCAGUGCAGCAGCAGCAGCAGCACUUCUUGGGCCGCUGACACCAUGCCAGAAUACAAUACAGGAAGCUUGGUUCAAGGUUGUGCUUCCUGUUUCAAGACAUUUUCUGUGUACUUCAAGACAGAGCCUGUUUAUCAACUUCCCUGUGGUCACUUGUUGUGCCGUACUUGCCUGACCGAAAAGCAAAAAACAUCAUCACUUAUGUGUAUGAAAUGCAAAAGAAUAGUUGCUACACAUGAUGUACAGAGAAUUCAUUUUUAAUUGCAUUUUCAAAACUAUUAAACAUCAAGUGUUGUA